AUGGCUGCUUCAGUUCUCACAGCUAUUGGGCUCGUAGCUGACGCAUUGACUACGGUUGGGUUUUUCGAAGCCAACGUCCCAGGGAAAGCAGCAGAGGGUGCAACUGUCAGGAUCAAAGCCGGUCUACCCGACCUUGGUAACGACGGAGACAGUCUUUCUGGCUCGAUCAACAAGGUCUAUUCCUUCUCCCAGGUAAACGGAUAUCAGGGCCAAGCUGAUGGCUGUGAUAUCGGUUCUGGUGGAAUUUGCGACCGCACCAUUGACGCGGGGGUUGGGGGCCAACGAGCCAAAUACGUCAGCAUCUCGAACAACGAUGACGCGACAUGUAUUGCCUGGAUCACCGUGACGCAGUUCGACGGCACUUUCGGUGGUGCAUGGACUGGCGAUAUUGGAUCAGUCUGUGGCCAAUCCUGGUACGAGAGCGUCGAGGUAGCGGGACGCCUAGACGACGGUGGCGACUACGUCCCCAGGUGCACUUGGAUCGAUGCAGACCAUACCAACGAUAUUGCGGCUGCUUCUCUGAAGUUCGAUACCUCCGCGUACGGUGAAAACGUCAACGACACCGCGAGCAGCAACGCAGGAUGUACAUACACGAUCUUUGGACCAGACAGUGGCCCUAUCGCUGACCAACCUGGCGCCAAGCGUAGUGUCUCUGAGCGCCCCCAGUGGAUGACCGAGGCACUUGUCGUGUCCAACAUUGCAAGCCACUCAGCGAAGGGACUUUGUGAAUCUGCCACGUCUUGGGGACUGGACUUUGUUGACGCACAUGGAAACUUCUGCGAUAUGGGCUCUAAGACUCUCACGCCGCUCUGCUCCUCGCAGGAUGUUGAUGGGUGUGUAGAUGUGGACGAAGACGAGAGCGCUGUCGUGAAGCGCAUGAGCGUCGCGAAGCGCACUACCAGCGUCAAGCACAAGUCGUACAAGAAGAUUGCCAAGUGGGGAUUUUAG